AAACAAACAAAUAAAAACAAAUUGAGUGAAUAAAUCAAAAUCAAAAUGAAAAAAAAAAAUGAAAAUGUAAUUUGUAAGGAAGCAUGAAAUAACAUCAACAUGUUACACAGCAUAAGACAGGAGUGCCUUUAAAUUAAACCCAAUUUUUACAUUUUUCUCUCCCUCUCUUUCUUCAUCGCUCUUCAAAUUCAACUCCCUAAUUGUCGAAAACCCUUGUUAAUUCAUCGAAGAAUUUAUUGUUUGCCGCCAAUUCAACUGCGAUCUGACCAGAGAUUCUGUUUUCUGGUUAGCUGAUUGUAUUUUGAUUUUGAAAGUUUUAAGCUCGUUGAUCAUUUUUUUAAUUUUCAGUUUUUCACAGGAAACUACCUAAGCUAUGAAGAACGGAAUAGUAGAAUGUAGUGUGUGCCGAUCAAAGCUAAUGUCACCGACUUCAAAAUCUGUGUCUAGAGCCUAUGACCGACAUAGGAGUAAGGUUUCAUCGAAGCAACGUGUGCUUAAUGUCCUCUUGGUCGUUGGGGAUUGUAUUCUAGUUGGUUUGCAGCCUGUUCUGGUAUACAUGUCCAAGGUGGAUGGAAAGUUUAACUUUAGUCCAGUUAGUGUCAAUUUCUUGACUGAGGUUACGAAGGUUGUCUUCGCAAUUGUUAUGCUUCUGAUCCAGUCCAGACAUCAGAAAAUUGGAGAAAAACCUCUUCUUUCUGUCUCCACUUUUGUUCAGGCUGCACGCAACAAUGUGCUUCUGGCUGUUCCGGCACUUCUAUAUGCAGUUAACAACUAUCUCAAGUUUAUUAUGCAGUUAUAUUUCAAUCCUGCAACAGUUAAGAUGCUCAGCAAUUUAAAGGUUUUGGUUAUUGCCGUGCUGCUGAAAUUUAUCAUGAAGCGUAGGUUCUCUAUUAUUCAGUGGGAGGCUCUUGCUCUGUUACUCAUAGGCAUUAGUGUUAACCAAAUGCGCUCCGUACCGACGGGUGAUUCUGCAAUGGGACUCACAGUUGCAGCAGGGGCUUACAUUUACACAUUGAUCUUUGUCACUGUCCCAUCUUUGGCCUCUGUUUAUAAUGAGUAUGCUCUCAAGAGCCAAUAUGACACCAGUAUAUACCUUCAGAACUUGUUCUUAUAUGGAUACGGUGCAAUCUUCAACUUUUUGGCAAUAGUCGGAAUCGCGUUGGUAAAAGGUCCUAGCAGCUUUAAUAUUCUUGAGGGACACUCGAAAGCUACAAUGCUUUUAAUAUGCAACAAUGCAGCACAAGGAAUCUUGUCUUCUUUUUUCUUUAAAUAUGCAGAUACAAUUUUAAAGAAGUAUUCAUCAACUGUUGCCACAAUCUUUACGGGCAUAGCCUCCGCUGCACUAUUUGGCCAUAAGCUAACAAUUAACUUUAUCUUGGGGAUUUCUAUUGUUUUUAUCUCAAUGCAUCAGUUUUUCUCUCCGCUCGCAAAAGUGAAAGAUGAAAAUGAAAACUUAGUUGAACUGGUGGACGUACCAAAAAAUCUCAGGUCAAAAGACUCAUUCGUAGAUAUGGCUGCUGGAGCUAAUGAAGAGGCUACUCAUCGUGUAGAUCACGACGACAGACAACCACUUCUUCCCAGAUAAGGGUUUAUUUGCUGAUUUAUAAACUGGAGAAAUGUUUGCGAGUAUAAUUUGGAAUAUAGCAGCCAUACAUUGCUGAAGCUGGGAAAAUCGUUGGUUGUGAUAACCUUUUUGGUUUUUCCUGCUUGAUAUAGAUGUAUACACAGAAAUUAUGAAUUGGAUUGGAGUUUGGGAUCUCAGAUGCCCGUUUCAUAUGUAAUCUCAGAGGUUAACGUCACAUUGAUCCCUGUUCGUCUACAUACAAGCGGCACUGAAUUCUUGAGCAUUCUUUUAUCGUAGGAUACAUGCGUAUAAAAUUAUCUCCUUCAUGUCACCUCAUUUUGUAGCUUUAUUGUGACAUUUUAUUGUAGUCUAUGCCAUGAGCCCAAGUUUGAGCUUCCUAAUUUGCUGUAAGGAACAAAGAUUUUGAUAAAAAUACAACUGAGUAAAAUAUUUUCUGUAUUUGAGUGUAGACGUGUUCUUAUAUUGUUUUAAUGUGUGGGCUUUUCC